AUGACUGACAACUCUGUGGUUGUAGCCAAACACGAGGAUGGUUCCUCCGUCACUGUGCAUUUGCAAGGCGCUCACAUUACCAGUUGGCGCAACAGUAACGGCGAGGAACUUCUUUACACCAGUCCAACAGCCGUUUAUAAGGAAGGGGUGCCCAUUCGCGGUGGUGUUCCCAUCAUUUUUCCGCAGUUCUCAAACUCCGGUCCGUUGCCUUCACACGGCUUUGCACGUGUUCGGCAGUGGAAUAAACAGCAAGUGCAGAGUGGAAUGGCCUCUUUUACGCUCGAUGUGGAUCCACGUGAGAUGCAGCACUCACAUUCAGAGAAGGCGGAGGAGAACACGACAGCAUCAACUGGAGUGGUUUCACUUCUGUACACCAUAACUUUCAGUAAUGAUCAGUUGCAAUUGCAGAUGAAGAUCGUAAAUAAUGACUCGGCGUCAGAUGUUGAGUUUACGUUUGCAUUCCAUACGUACUUUGCCGUAGAUGAUAUUGAACAGACGUUAGUAAAUGGAGUAAAUUUAACGCCUUAUAUUGACAGUUUAUCUAAAGAAAGGAAAGUUCGACACCCAGAACAGUUUUGGGGAUUUAUGGGAGAAGUUGAUCGAAUUUACCUUAAUCAACGUUGUGCGGUUAUGUUACUUGAUAUGUCUAAGAAACGUACCACGCACAUUGCUGGAGUAAAUCUUCCAGAUGUGGUACUGUGGAACCCGUGGGUUGAGAAAUCGGCAAAAAUGAAAGAUCUUCCUCCAGAUGGCUACAAGAAAUUUGUUUGCGUUGAACACGGCGCAAUAGGGAAAAAAGUAAAAAUUCCUCCUAAAGGAGAAUGGAAGGCAUCACAGCAAAUUCUGCGUUUCAGCUGUUUAAAGUUGUAA